UCGCGAGUUGCAUAUUUGGAGAUUGAAUCAAAGGGCAUCGAUAACACUUGGGUCCAUGCUAUCCAUAUCAGUCCGUAAAGAAUUUCGUCGUCAAUCUACGCCAAGGCCAUCAUCCACUUUAUCGAAGGCUCUUCGAUCGUAAAGCCUGAAGUUGGGCUGAGCGACCUUGACAUCGAACCGGAGGGCAGCUUCUGGAUAACCUAUGACCACUAUGCCUUCAGUCAAUUUGGAUUCUUCUACGUCGUCAAUAGGGCCCCAUGAAAAUGAGCAUCCCGAAAUUCCGAUCAUUGAUGACAAUGAACCGUUAGUUGACGUGAUCCGAAAGCUAUAUAAUUAUUUGGCAUCAACUAUAUCUGAUGUCUCAUAUACCUUUGAACAAAUUGGAUCUACUUCCCACGGCUAUAGUCUCAGGUUGCUUAUUCAUUCUUUAGUGGAAAGCUCACAUAACACUUAUAUUAUUCCUGCAUUGAUGAUCCUGAAGUGGCAAUUCGAUAAUGCUGCCGAUUAUGAUUGGGGCGUAAGUGAAAGUCGAGGAUACGCUUGUGAAUAUGUUGCCUGGCAAUUUGUCUGUCACCUUAAUCAGCGGGAAACUCUUGAAUACCUACUUGAGGAACUCACAUGGCCCACACAGAAGGCUAUCAACCUUCCUCAUGCGGAAAUGGGUGCUUCUGGAUAUGCCUCUGCUGCUGCCACUAACCACCGGACACUAGAAGAGAAUGAGAGAGUACCAUUGUUGCUGGGCUCGUCGUCGUCUUUGUAUCGCUUCUUUGGCGGCACGAGGCGUCUAGGUAGCUCACUUGAGGAUGAUAAUCGAGGCUCCCACGACUUCACACAUGAUGCGUAUGAACUGGAGAAAUUCUCACUGUUUUUUGGACUGAAUGCUCUAGAAAUUGCAACUAUUGCUCAUGCAAAGAAAUUUCUCAGCCAAAAAGUGGUACAGAGAGUCAUUGACCAUAUCUGGAAAGGAGAGAUAGUUUUCUGGGACACGUUGAGUGUGCACUCGACAAAGAAACCACACUUCUUCAAUAAAAGGACGGCGGAUCCUUAUUCUCGAUUGCGGGUUCCGGUAUAUCGCAAAGCGUUUGAAGCGGCUUUCUUUGUCUCGUUCUUAGUCCUAUACUACGCGGUCUUAGUUGAGCGAAAGCCUACAGGUAUAGGAAUCUUUGAAACACUGAUGUAUUUCUGGAUCGCUGCCUUCGCUUAUGAUGAAGUAAGCGGAAUGGCAGAUGCAGGGAUGCUUUUCUAUCAGAUGGACUUCUGGAAGCUGUGGAAUAUGGGAAUAAUAGGUACCGGACUUGCCUUUGUCAUUGCAAGGAUCAUCGGGUUGGCCAAGGAUAGUGAUUACAUUACAGACUUGUCAUUUGAUAUACUUUCGUUAGAGGCACUAUUCCUAGUUCCAAGGAUAUGCUCCCUUGUCAGCCUCAAUUCCUAUUUUGGGAGUCUGAUACCUGUUCUGAAGGAGAUGACAAAGUCAUUUUUCCGGUUUAUGCCCGUUGUAGUUGUCCUAUACAUUGGGUUCUUGACGACGUUCACCAUGCUUGCCCGUGACCGACUUUCUCUUAGGCAAAUGUCCUGGAUUUUAGUGAAGGUGUUCUUUGGAUCGAACGUGUUAGGCUUUGACAUCGCUCACGAAAUUUCCCCGAUCUUCGGCUACGGCUUGAUGCUAAUUUUCGUCUCAAUGACGAACCUGUUACUGAUCUCUUCGUUGGUCAGUCUCAUGAGCAUGAGCCUAGAAGGGGUUAUGGCUCACGCUCGCGAAGAAUAUCUUUUUCAGUUAUCUAUUUACGUGUUGGAAAGCAGUAAUUCUCGACGAUUAACCUAUUUUAUGCCACCAUUGAACCUCAUCCCUCUACUUUGUAUCCGCCCACUGAGGCUCUUUCUGCCUGCGGAGCAUAUCCGCCGGGUGCGCAUCGUUUUGCUCAGAGCAACGCACCUCCCCUUUGUAGCUCUCAUCUGGGCCUACGAAUCUGGUCGCCGCUUUGUCUCGCGGCGCAAUAGUCAAUGGCCGCCGACAGCUACAGCACGGGGGAGUAGUCGCCCCGUGUCAUCGAUUCAGACUGGUUUAGCCUUCUCCACCGCUGAUGCUCGCUCUUUAAGAUCUGGUAGGGCCAGAAAACAACCGGACCCUGGGCAGUAUAUUGGGGUGCGUGGACGAGACCCGGGCCCGGCCGGGAGUGUUGACCUCGCAGAUAUGAUCGACGAGGUGGAACGGUUGCGCACUCAAGUGGAGCGAGUGGCAGCCACGGUGGCCUUCCACCACCGAGUUCAAUAAUGAACGUUAGGAGAAGAAAGGGACUGGGGUGGACUACAUACAAGGCAAGGAGAACGGACCACUGCGAUAUACACACGCACUGCUGCUCGCCUAAAGAGUUAGUG